UUCCAACAAUAUCCAAAUGGUGAAGACAAUCACACCCUCACCCAUCCUCGUCUUCUUGCUUCUCUCCUCCACCGUCGAUGCUCAGUCAAGUUCUGGACCGGUGGUUUCUCCAAAUGCCCCACUUCACACUUGGGAUGUAUCAUUCGCUCCCGUGAUUGUGGCCCUUGUUUGCGCCACCUUCUUCAUUGUCAGCUUUGCCCUCUACCUCCGCCACUGCUCCGACGUGGAUCUGGCUGCUGCCGACAAUUGUUCUUCAAGUGGUCCUCAAGGUAUUGACCCAAAAUUACUCGACACCUUCCCCAUCCUCGUGUAUUCCGCCGUGAAAAACCUCAAAUUUGGGAAAGCCGCCGCGCUGGAGUGUGCCGUGUGCUUGAGUGAGUUCGACCAACACGAUACGCUCCGAUUACUUCCGAAAUGUAACCAUGUGUUUCACCCUCAAUGCAUCGACGCCUGGUUGGCCUCCCACGUGACUUGCCCUGUUUGCCGUUCAAGACUGAAGCCGGCGGAGGAGCACCGGCGAGGGGAAAACGAUGUUGCGAUCGAAAUUCCGAAUGAGGUUAUAAAUGCACGACAGGUGUUCGAUGAAAGUUCUGGGAGUAGAACAGAGCUUCAUUCAGGAGAUAGAAGAGGUAUGGGGAGGCAAGGACACGGAGAGGUACAAUCUCAGAUUGUUGGAGGAUCUGAGGAAACAGAUUACUGUGAGUCACGGAGGAUUGCGACGGUCGGCGAGCUGCAAUGUGUUCCGUAGACGGCCGGGUGGAGAGAACAGUACAGAAUAGUGAGUAUUUGAUUCAUUGAUGUAUAUAUAUUUUCGGUGGUAAAUAACAGAACUUACAAUGUGAAGAUUACCAGACAAUCUAUUUUAAAAUCCAUUUUAAAAACAUGUGCUAUUAUUGUUGUGCA